AUGGCGUACAUCAGCCACGCUCCUUCGCUGCGGCGCAUCGGAAACCACGUGUUCGACCUGCAACUGCCCGCACUACGCAGCCUCCGGAUUGUCAACACGGGUUUGGAGAACAUACCCCUCAUCAGAAAGAUGCACGCCAGCUCCAUACUACACAUGGUAGAUCUGGAAAACAACAAGAUUAAGAAGGUGCCUAGGCAGUCCGUUAAGGUGCGCUCCGAGCAGUUCCUGCUGAACUACAACGUGAUAGAGGAAGUUGAAAACCACGCAUUUAUUGACGCUGAAAUAGCCAAACUAAGCCUGAAAGGAAACAGACAGCUGAGAGUUAUUCAAGACGAUGCCUUCGCUGGACUCCAGAGCUUGCGAGACUUGGAUCUGUCUGAGACUGCGAUUUCAAAGCUACCUACUAACGGACUUCGAGAACUGGAGAUAUUAAGACUCCAAGAUACGGACAGCCUGAAGAAGUUCCCAUCCAUUUAUCAUUUUGAGUACUUGCAGACAGCGUACCUGACGUAUCCAUACCACUGCUGUGCCUUCCAGUUCCCAGCUACACACGACCCUGACGAGUUUGCUAAGCACGAGGAGUUCGUGUCCCACAUUCACGCCAAAUAUUGUGCGGGCGCAGGUGCGAGGAGGGGCCGGCGGAGCAGCGGCAGCCCCAACGAGACGGACUUCGGCCGGGUCGUGUUCUCGCCCGAUAACCGCACCCAGUGGUACGACGGGCCCGACUGGGGCGCCAUCAGCCGGGAAAUGUUCCCGCAAGGAGGACCUGACUGGACCGGGGAUGGCGUGUUCCACCAGAGUACUGCGGCCGUCAGUCCGAGGCUAGUGCAGGCAUACUGCGGCAAUGUGAGCCGCCUGCCUCGGAAUGUGGCAUGCCAGCCGGCGCCCGAUGCGUUCAGCCCGUGCGAGGACCUGAUGGGCAACUGGGCGCUACGGGCUGCAGCGUGGCUGGUGGCCGUGGCGGCCCUUGUCGGCAAUCUUGCCGUGCUGCUGGUACUGCUCGGUUCUGGCUCGCGUCUCAGCGUGCCCAAGUUCCUUAUGUGCAACUUAGCACUGGCCGAUCUCUGCAUGGGGCUCUACCUGCUGCUCAUCGCUGCCACAGACGCGCACUCCAUCGGCGAGUACUUUAAUCAUGCAAUCGACUGGCAGCGUGGUGUGGGCUGCCAGGUGGCCGGCUUCCUGACCGUGUUCUCCAGCGAGCUGUCGGUGUACACACUGGCCGUCAUCACGACAGAGCGCUGGCACGCCAUCACGCAUGCGGUCCACGUGGACCGGCGGCUGCGGCUGGGCGCCGCGGUACGAGUCAUGGGCGCCGGCUGGCUGUACGCUCUUGCCAUGGCCGCGCUGCCGGUUCUGGGAGUCAGCAGCUACUCCCGCACAAGCAUCUGCCUGCCCAUGGAGAACCGGGACCUGGCCGACGUGGUGUACCUGUCUUCCCUGAUGGCCUUCAACGGUGCCGCCUUCGCGCUGAUAUGCGGCUGCUACUGCGGCAUGUACGCAGCGAUCGGCGGGGCCAGCUCGGCCUCGGCGCGCUCCGACACCGCCGUCGCCAAGCGCAUGGCGCUCCUCGUCUUCACGGACUUCGCCUGCUGGGCGCCCGUCUCCUUCUUCGGCAUGACGGCCGUGGCGGGCUACCCGCUCAUCGACGUCACCCGCGCCAAAAUCCUGCUCGUGUCCUGCUACCCGCUCAACUCGUGCGCCAACCCCUACCUGUACGCGCUGCUGACCAAGCAGUACCGCCGCGACCUGUCGGCGCUGGUGAGGCGCGGCUGGUGGCCGCGGCGCGCCGGGAAGACGGGGAACCCGGCGCAGGCGAGGGGCAACAGCUCCACCGUGCCGCCGCAGCGAGCCCCCAGGAGCUCGUCGUCCGACGGCUGCCCCCGGGGCUCGCCCCACCCGCUGCGCAACAGCAACACGCGCCUCAACCUCAACUCCGACCACGAGCUCAGGCUGAAGAGGGCGCUGGAGAUGUCGUCGUCCGACCCCAAGCCGGUCGUCCUGCAACCGCUCGACUCUCACCUUUAGGCCAGGGCGGUCUGGUGACCAAUUCUCCCACCGCUGUUUUCACGAAUCACACUAUAAAUAUGUACCGAAAUUACUCCUUUUGUACACUUUUGUAUCAUGAAAAAUUUUUAAAUCAUUGUCAGCCUACAGUUAAAUGAAUAAUCGUUAUCAAUCACAAACAGAUAUAAAAACAUAUUAAGUGACGCCGUAAUUCAGGACACUGCACAAAACAGCGGUGGUCACGAAAAUGUCCUUCUUGGGCAGGGAGUUUGUAGAGUGGGCAUUCCCAGUCAUUGCUUUAGAAGAUUAGAAAAAAAUAACCCAGGAAAAUAUAUAUGAACUACAAAUUCCCAACAGUUUUUUAACACUUUGAAAGAAACUAAUAGAAAUAGAGACACUGCGUUAUAUGUGAGAAGUCACAAAUACUACAACCAUGAAGAAGAAAUUCCAAAAUAUGCUCUCCCCCCCCCCCUUUUUUUUUCCAAACAUUUAUAAUCUUUUCCAUUUUGGCCAGAUACGCUCUUGGUGAUGGCUAGACGGUUUGUUAUUCUAUUUUAUUUGGAAUUGACGUUUGUCGUCAGCGAAGUCAUUAGCGACCGUAACGCACAAUACGGAUAGGAUAUUAGGAACGUAAUCGACCAUGUCUACAUAGUUAUAAACCAUCCCAUCAUUUGCCUCAAGUGAUGGGAAACCUAGAUCAGAACAGCUUAACUAGGAUUCAACCCUGGACCUAUGAAAUGAGAGUUUAGCGCAUUAACCACAGCAUCACUGUUAACUAGUCAACUAUCACACGAAGAUAAAGUAACAAUAAUCAUAAUGACCAUGCUGAAAAAAAGGCUAAUAUUUGUUUAGAAAGAUCAAACAGACUGCACGAUCGACCAAAAUCUGUGCCCAAAUCUGAAGACAGCUAUCCAUGAAAAACAAACAGACACAAUUUUUUCUUCAGAGGGAGCGUAAAGGAGAAAGGAGGGGAGAAAAAUAGAGAGGAAGUGAGAUGGUGAUGGGAAAGAGAGAGACAGAGACAAAGUGGAGUGGGGGAAAGCAAGUGCUUAAAUGGAAUUCUAUAUAUAUUUUUUUUUUUUUAAAUAGUUAAGAGUAUAAGAAUUUAUGAAAUUAUGGAUUUGAAAAAUAUGGUACUUGUUAAUUCCGUCUUAAACCAGACAGCAAGACACUAACGUGAUAAGAAUUCAGAGUGAAAAAAAAAAAAAAUUGACCUUACUUGUGAGACACAAUGCAACCAAAUUUGUUUUUUUGGCAUUAUUAAGUUCAAAAAAUUGGAAACUUUUUAUAUAACCAGCCAUUAUUUUAACAAACUUUCACAAUGAUAUCUUACCAAACAUCCUGAAGUGAGAUGUAACGGUGUGAUUCAAUUGGGAAAGAAAAUAUAAAAUGUGCAGUACCUGUUACAAAACAGUAGGUAGGUUUGUAUGUACAAAAUUUCCAGUUAUUUAAUUAAAUGAAAACCUUCAACAUAUAGAUUAAUUCUUUUUAAAUUUAUGGAACUAUCCUUUUAACAAAAUUGAAAUUAUGUUCUAUUUGUCAACCAAAAUGUUGCUUUUUAACUGUUCAAAAUAUUUACAUUGUCUGUCUAAAGAUUGCUGUAUGCCUUAAAUGCUUGUGUAAACACUGUAUUUGUGCAUUAACACCUGUUAAAAUAAAUUACUCUUUGUUACUAU